AUGGCGACUCAAGACGAAGAGCGCAAGGCUUCUACAGCCUCAGCACCGAAUUACGGUCUAACAAGCGAGGAUGAUGCCGCAGUUUUGGCAAAACUUGGGUACAAGCAAGAGUUGCGGCGGAACUUCACUAUGAUCGAAGUCUUCGGCAUUGCCUUCAGUAUAAUGGGACUCUUACCAUCCAUUGCUUCGACACUGUCAUACUCUAUUCCCGCUGGUCCUGUGGGAAUGGUUUGGGGAUGGUUCCUGUCGUCAGGCUUCAUCUUCGUUGUUGGACUCGCUAUGGCUGAUCUUGGCUCUGCCAUGCCUACAUCCGGAGGCUUAUACUGGUGGACGCAUUUCUUUUCUUCAGCCAAGACACGUAAUCCACUCUGCUUCUUAGUCGGCUACAGCAACACGUUGGGUCUCGUAGGUGGCUUAUGCUCGAUUGACUAUGCAUUCGCCCUCAUGUUCCUCUCGGUCAUCGUAGUCGCCCGCGACGGCAAUUGGACCCCAUCCAAUGGAGUCAUCUACGCCACGUUCCUGGCUUGUGUUUGCUGCCACGGAAUCCUUGCUUCAACAAUGUCUAGGAUCAUGGGCAAGCUGCAGACAGUCUUCGUGUUCGCGAACUUCAUCUUGAUCUUCGCAACCGUAAUAGCCCUGCCCAUAGGAGCACGGCACAACCGUAAUGAUGGUCAUUAUAUAUUCGCACAGACAGAGAACUCAACGACAUGGCCGACCGGAUGGGCCUUCAUGCUAGCUUGGCUUAGUCCUAUAUGGACUAUAGGAGGCUUCGACUCCUGUGUACACAUGUCCGAGGAGGCAGCUAACGCGACCAAGGCUGUUCCUUUUGGCAUACUCAUGUCCAUUGCGUCGUGCUGGUUCUUUGGCUUCAUCAUCGUUAUCGUGCUUGCUGCAUGCAUCAACCCCGAUCUGAGCUCAGUCACUGGAUCGAAGUUUGGCCAGCCAAUGGCGCAGGCAAGCCAACCUCUCGCUCUCCCUUCUCGGCUUGUACAUUGA